UUACAUGUGAAUGCUAUGAUUGAUGAAGGGGUUAAUGAUCCUCAUACAUUAACUAGUGUCUGCCUCUAGAGAUACUCGGCAAACAAAGCCAUAUGAAUGCUGCCUGGGAACAGAGAGAAGGAAGGAGGGUGUUGAGACCAGGCAGAGAAGGAAACAUUUAUAUAUGUGAUGGGGAGGGGACAUGUUCCAGGCUACUGCUAACCCUCAUAUCCCAGCAGCACCUCCCUUCAGAAGCCAGUGCACAAUUUAAUGCACAUCAAUCCAAUCAAGGUCUCCCAGAUGCUUGAAUGAUAAUGCUCUGGAUCCUGGGAAGAGAGAGAGGCAGAGUGUGGGGGAGAUUUUGCAGCGAUGUUUAAUAUUCAGAUCACGUGAUCGUGGUAACAGCAGUAGCAGCAGCAUCUUUUGCUUAUCUGAAAUAUCCAUUGGAGAAGAAAAGAAAAAGGGGUACGGGCACUUACGGAAAAAACAAAGACGACCAGAAUCUCAUAGGCACCCGUGGGGCAGGAAAAAGUCAGGAGAAACCCCACCCGAAGGUUCACAGCCAGAGACAAAGAAAGAUUCAUGUUCAAAGGUUCAGCAGAUACCAAGUCUGAAGCAGUUAUGUCUGAACUGGUACCAGAGCCACGGCAAAAGCCGGUAGUACCAAUGAAACCUGUCAGUAUUAAUUCCAACCUACUGGGUUACAUUGGGAUUGACACUAUCAUAGAGCAAAUGCGGAAGAAGACCAUGAAAACCGGAUUUGACUUCAACAUCAUGGUUGUAGGCCAAAGUGGACUUGGAAAAUCAACACUUGUAAACACCCUGUUCAAAUCCCAAGUAAGCAGGAAGUCUUCAGGCUGGAACCGUGAGGAGAAGAUCCCCAAGACUGUAGAGAUCAAGGCUAUUGGGCAUGUUAUUGAAGAAUGUGGUGUCAAAAUGAAGCUGACGGUUAUUGACACCCCUGGAUUUGGUGACCAGAUCAACAAUGAAAAUUGCUGGGAGCCCAUUGAAAAAUACAUCAAUGAGCAAUAUGAGAAAUUCUUGAAGGAAGAGGUGAAUAUUGCCAGAAAGAAACGAAUCCCAGAUACAAGAGUCCACUGUUGCCUCUACUUUAUCUCUCCCACAGGCCACUCUUUGCGACCUUUGGAUAUGGAAUUUAUGAAACAUUUGAGCAAAAUGGUAAAUAUUAUUCCAGUUAUUGCCAAGGCAGACACCAUGACUCUGGAAGAAAAGAUUGAGUUCAAACAGAGGGUCCGUAAGGAACUAGAAGUCAAUGGAAUUGAAUUUUAUCCCCAGAAAGAGUUUGAUGAAGACCUUGAAGACAAAGCAGAGAAUGACAAAAUCAGGCAGGAAAGUAUGCCAUUUGCUGUGGUGGGCAGUGACAAAGAGUAUCAAGUGAAUGGGAAAAGAGUCUUAGGAAGAAAAACACCUUGGGGAGUCAUUGAAGUGGAAAAUCUCACCCAUUGUGAAUUUGCUCUACUACGAGAUUUUGUCAUUAGGACCCACCUUCAAGACCUAAAAGAAGUCACUCACAACAUCCACUAUGAAACUUACAGGGCGAAACGACUGAAUGACAAUGGGGGACUCCCCCCAGUGACCGUAGAGACAGAAGAAAAUCAUGAAAGCAAUUUGUGAAUGAUAAAUAUUGUUGUUUAGUUAAUAUUCAGAAGCAUAUUAACUAUUUCUUUCAUUCUAUCUUUUUAUUUGAAUCCAGGCCUCUCUUAGAAGCAUAUGGGAUAUCCUUCAUGAGUGCAUGGGGGAAAGAAACUGGAUAUGGAUUUCCCACUUUCCCUAUAUGUCCUCAUCUUGUUGUGGUUGGUUGCACAGUCAGAUGUUUAGAUUGGAUUUGGCAUUUUUGUCCAUCAUUAUUAUUAUUUUUAUUAAUUUUGUACACAAAAUUCUAGUCUUCCAUUGUUUUCCAGUACUCAGUUAUGCAUCCUGAUUGUGGGAAAUGUAAAAAAAAUCCUGGACGUGACGCAAACUGUGAGAGCAUGUGAAGCACCUCCAAGGGUUGGUAGGAAAUGAGAUCAAUUUGCUGAGCAGUGUGAUGAAAACAGAGACAUACUUAGGAUGCAAGCGUUCCAGGUCUGGAUACUUUGCAUUGUGGUUGAUGGUUUGUGUUAUAAAUUCACUUCUCAAUGUAGAAAUGUUAAAGUUAGACUGAGAUUGGGAUCUUACAGGCACUUCUGUAAAAGUAAGUGUAAUGAAAUCAGUGGGAGGAAUUAGUUGCCAAGUAAAUGUGUUUAGUUAUAAUUAAUAAGCAGGUGUAGAUAAGAAUGUCAGGUUUUUUACCCAUUUCUUUCUCAUUAUCAUAGGAGGCAAAUUAUUAUAGAGAGAUAAAAGCUAAUCUGGAAAUAUUGUUUUCUUAGGACAGGGGAAAUAACUUUUUUAACAGUACCACAAUAUUCCUUAAAUCACCAUUAUGUAUCCCAGAUUCAUACACACAUGCUGUCCACUCCCCAAAAUCUGGCACAUGAUAUUGUCAGACCUACCCUAAUAAAGUUUUGAUAUUACAGUAAUGGAACAAUCCCUCUAGGUGUCUGAGGCAGCUGGAAAGGAAACAAUGCAACAUUUCCAACUGUGCCUUUUUGUCCUCUAUAACCCACAGACUAUGGGAAAGAUGCUGUAGCUGUUCCAUACUAAGACACUGUUCAGAAGGAUAUUUACACAUCCUUCUUUCAUCCUAAAAUGUGGCAUUUUAAUUCUGACUCAGAUCCUUGUAAGUUUGCCUAGGCAGUCAGCUUUCAUUCAACUGCAAAUUGUACUGCUGAUUUCCAAAUAUGGAAUUUGGCCAAAGUAAUCUAAUCCUUAGAACUUCUGCUUUGUUCUCUUUUUUUAAGCAAAAGCAGGUUUAUAUGUUUAUAUGUUUAUAAACAUAUAGUUUAUAUGUUCAAACGCUGUGGACAGAAACAGAAAACAGAAGUGACUUGUGAGGAUCAAAAUUUCACUGCCACAUACAGAGCCACCAUGUUUGCUGUUUCAUGCUGUCUCCCAAAAUAUCACGAUUAUUAACCAUUGUAACCCCACUUUUUGGGGGGGAAAUAGCCCUCUUUCAUUUUUAAAUGUGCAUAUCAAGGUCAAAUGUUCCUUCUAUGGAGUUCUCCAUAGUGGAAAUGGGCUAACAAAAACAUUAAACAAUACAGAGAACAAAAUAAGCUGUUUUUAGCUGAAUCUGAUGAUUGUCCCAUCCAGUUUUGUACUGUUUGUCUUAUUUGGUAGUGGCUUCCUAGGUGUUGAAGCACGAGUUCUUCCCAUCCAAUCCUGAAGAAGACAAGAAUUGCACACAGAAUUCUUUACAUAAAGAGUGUCUGCUCUUUAUGAUAGGAUAAGGCUCUUUAAAAUAUAUCACAGAAAUAUUAGAAAUGGAAUAAAAUUUGUAGCUGAUGUUAUAUAAUUUAUUGCUUAAUUCAAACAAUUCUAAGUCAGCAAACACUAAAUUAAAAAUCAAAGUUUAAUCAGUAAAACUAAAGUUCCAUGGAUUAAGAAUCUCCUUAGCGAGGAUAUUUUAUUGAAUUGGAGCCACAAUAACAAAAAUCCAACAAAAAUUCUUGAAUUUACAAAUGAUUAAAAUCUGAUCAGAAAUGGAGCAGAAGAUGUCAUCACAAUAUAGAAAAAUUGUCUGUAAAUUCAUCCAUAAAAUGUUUUCAGUCCUUCCAAAUAGAUUUUUGGGUAUAGCAAUCUGGAAAAAUUAACUACCACAUAUCGAGUUCUACAAAAUACAAUAUACAUGAUUUUUUUGCAGUAUGCAUAACUAUGUUGUAUAUAAUAACUACUUAAAUUAACAAACUUAAUCAAAGAAUAAAUGUUUUGAUUUUUUGUUCCUAGCUUAGAUAAAUGUCAGGUCUCCUCCAAGUUAAGAAUAAUGUACUUUUCUAAAAAAAAUAGCAUAGAAGUGGUUUGUUGGAGCCUUCUUUUCAGAUAUUCUUUGAUUUUUAAGUCUGGUUUCAUCCAAUGGAAUUUAAUCCUCUUCCAUUAAGUCAAAAAAAAAAAGGGGGGGGAGUGUAUUUGGAAUCCUUCAAGAUUCCAAGCCUUAGCAGAAGUAGUUGUUUGGACUCUCCAUAAAACCUCAAGACUAUAUUAGUAAUUAAUAAGAAAUUUUUUGCUAUAAUUUUGGAUUUAUUUCAAUAGAUCUUAAUAUAGUCUGGGUUCACAUAUAUAUUACUGUAAGUUAUGAUUUUGAUUUACUAUAUGAUGUGAACUUAGCCAUUCUAGACUGUAGCAUAGUUUAUGAUGUUGCAGUAUGUGGGAUCCUAACCUAUUAUUGCUUAUUCAUUACAGUUAAUCAAACUGUGGCUUAAUAUGAAAUAUUAAUCCAAAUAAUAUUUGACUGAAGCAAUCACUCAAACAUAAGAAUGAGAGGGACAAGUGUGUGUGUGUGUGUGUGUGUGAGAGAGAGAGAGAGAGAGAUCAUUGAAUCCUUGCUACAUUUUUGGUAAAUCCAUUGAGUGCUGCUUUAUACCACAAUGUUAUUACACAUAGGAAACUUGGCUAGUCCCAAAAAGCUAAGCAAGCUAUGACCCUCUUGAUAUUUAAUACAUAAUUACAUAAAUUAAUAUUUGGAUGGGAAACUUACAGAAAUUCCCAAGGAUGUCCUUUUUUUCUGAAUACCCUGGAAGAAGGCAAAGGCAAACGACUUCUGAAUUAUUGCCUAGAAAACAACUUGGAUAUGUCCAUGUAAUCAUCAGCAGUUGAGACUGAAAGAUUCAGUUGAUUAAUACUUUUAUUAUAUACUAGGAAGACUCCUAACUCCCACUUCUAGUUCUGACAAAUAGCUAAAGGUAGAUAAUUUCUCUAUUUCACAUUGCCAUAACACUAUGAAUUUAUAUGAAUUGCAUAAAUGAUACUCUUCCUAAGAUUUGUUUUAUAACAAAGGCCUAGUCAGUGAAACACAUUUGCAUGAUAAGGAGGCAGGCCUUUCAUUCAUUUCUGUGCAGAAUUACUUGCUUCUUUAGCUUAGUUUAACCAUUGGGAGGCUAGUUUGCUUGUAGGUUAUGAAUAUUCUGAAUUAAAUGUAGCUUAAGUCUUAGCUGAAAUGAAUAUGAUUGUCUGAUCCUGAGCAGGUUUUUGUGAAAGGGUGAUUUACAGCCUUUCCAUAAUAUUGCAAGAUACAAUUUGCAUGUUGUUUCUGAAAACUAUGGUCAAAGCCAUGACAAAUUAAUGACUGCAAGAGAAGAAAUGUUUCACUAUAGUUAUUCAGAAAAUAAUUUUAUGAGAAGGAUUGUCUUAGUAUAGUAUCCUUUGUCAAAUAUAAAAAAGAUAAUAGAGCAAUUGCAUAGAUAUUUAUUCAGAAGUAAGUCCCACUUUAGUUCAAUAUAUUUAAGUGUGAACACUAAUAUAUUCUAAUAUAAUUGUGGAAAUAUAAAGCUAUGUUAUUGGAAUGAUACAGACUCAGAAACUUGAUGUUCAAUGGAAGAGGUUAUCAGAGAAUUCUAUAGUAUUGUGCUGAUUCUCCUAGGCAUAAAAUGAGAAUGAGCACACAAAGCAUAACAUCCCUGGGCAUGCUGCUUCUUUAUCUGCUCUUUUUUAGAACUCUUGGGCAUAAGAAACCUAAUUGAAGAAAUUCGAAGAAAUUCUACUGCCCUUUAACAUGCAUUAGCAUUAUUGUGCCUACUAUGGGAGAAUAAACCUCAACAAUGGUGCUUUAAUUCAUGCAUAUCGGCUAUUUUUCUAUUCACACAAAUUCACCUGUGUGCCCUUUUCUCCUAUUAAUAUUCAAAUUGCCUCUGUCAAAUACACAUAUUUUUAAAUAUAUUAAAAUGUUUUGGUGGCCAGUGUUCCUAAGCAACUCUUAUCCAUCUUUUCUAAAGAGCUCAUGUUAAUACAGUACAAACAGUCACUAUUAUAUACACACAGCAAAUUUGUUAGGCUAUUGGGAUUGAGGAAAAGUGACAAGUAUAAAGUUGCACUGUUACUGUCUUAUUCAAGAGAUAACUUGAAUUCUGGGUUUUUCAAAUCCCAGUCCCACUCUAACUACUGCACUGCCUUGCACUGCAUGUUAUAAUUAUAAACACAUUCUUCGCAGUUUAAUCCUUGGCAAUGAAUGCAGCAAAAUAUACAAAGCUCUGAUGUUACUGUCCUAUGUAGGUAUGGUAUAUUCCAGAUGAGUUGUACAAAGAGAAAAACUUUGAUUUUCACUCUACCUUAAACCAUUUCAAGUUUUAUCUUCUUAGACUGUAUAUAGGAGCAAUGAAUUUGAGGUAUGACAUUAUUGAUAACUUGUCUUGGGGAUCUCAAACUGAGUUUUAACAAGAUCUAUUUUUGCAGACUAAUUCUGGUUUCCUUUACUAUCAAGAGUAGUAGAAUAUUCUUGCUUAUUGGUUUUACUUUUUAACAGUAAAAUUAGCUCUAAAAUUCCAUCUUGAUGCUGAAUUGUGUAGGCCCAUUUAUUUUUAAAGCAUUUCUCAUCUACAUCAUAGCUAGACUAACUUUGCUGAGAAAAGCCAAAGAUCUGCCUGCUCCCAAUGCAGAUCUUUGCAUUUUAGAGCCAGUUGUGGGAGCAUCAGGUAUUCAUGGCCAUCUGCUGUAUCCAAUGUAUGCACUAUUACAAAAUUGCCUUUUUUCAGUUUCAUUUCUCCAAUUCAAAUACCUACUAAGACAUCAAAACUACAGAAAUAGCUCUUACUUGAGCAUCACCAUACCACUGUCACAAAUAUAUUAGAAAAGAAAAUGCCUCAUAGCAAUAUAGUGGUUUCCCCCCUUUUAUGUUACAUAUGGGUCUGUAUUGUAAAAAUCAAGCCAUAAAGAGAAUACAGGUAUAGAGAAAGAAAAUAUCCUAUUAUAAUCUCUGAAAACCUUCCAUUGCCAUUGUGGAUACCAAAAUCUAAUGAAAACAUUUUGAUAAUGUAGAUUGUCUUAGAAGCUAAUUUGUGGAGAAUUAGUAUAUUAUACUAUGACUGGGGUGGGUGGGGGUUGUUUGUAUUAAGAAAACCAAUUACGGGAUUGAAUAAUGCCUAAAGUCUUUUGAUAUAUUUAGCUCAUUAAAGUAUCACAAUGACGUUUUCUUGUUACUGAUCCAAUCUUGUUGAAAAAAAUACAUGCCACAAUGAUGUAAAUAUUGCUAGACUUAAUUUUUGUGUUCCACUGUCUGAUUAAAAUAUGUAAUUUGAGUGAUUUA